AUGAGGUCCUUAGAUUGUGAGGAUGCCCAAAAUCUUACGAGUCCGGAUCAGAAAUCGCCGGAGAAACCUAGCGUGGAGAAUUUGUUGCUAGAUUUCGAUUUUGAUCAUACUGUUGGGAAGAGGUUGAUGUCCAUUAAAGGGGCUAGGAGUGUGGUUUUAAUGGUGGUUGAUGCAUUAGAUUCUGAUGGUUCUUUUCCUAGGAAAGUGGCAAAUUUAGUUUCUAAGACGAUUGAUGAGUAUUCACGGCCAUGGAAGGAAUGGAAGUCAGUGCCCAGGAUAGUGUUGGUUGUGACAAAGUACUGGGCAAUAAAGAUUUUAGUUGAUGAUGUGGUAGACUUGGCUGGAGCAAGAGGACAGGCGUCUGUACCCGGGACGACUUUGUGUAUCUUAAGGGUGGAAGGAGUGGUUCCUGGUAAUGCCAAGCUGUUUUGGACUCCAGGGCUUUUGCAUCCUCAUCAGAUUUUGACUAGGCUGAUAAUUGAAGAGCAGAAACUGGUGUAUAUUAAAAACGAGCUGAAGCCGAGGACAUAUAGGAUCUAUGUAGGACAUUUAGUUCAUGUUGGAGGGCUGCUGAGGUUGGAUGUAGAAGAAUUAUCAGCGGAUUCUCUUUAUGUUACAGUCUGGGCUUCUCCACUUUCUCCACUCCACAUGGGGAAGACAGAGAAUGCUUCUGCUAUCUUGAGAAACACUUUGGUAACCAGGUACAGACAUCUAUCUGUUCCUGAACCUUACCAAUGUGUUAAUGCUUGUCAGCCGCCUAUUGGGCAAGAAAGAGUUGAGAAACCUGUGAAAUGGGUGAGGAAGGAAUUUCGUGUAACUGCUGGACUGGGUUGGUUUGCCAUUGGAAUUAGAGUAGAAGCUGUAUUAGGUGUUAGGUCGUACGAUGGAGUUGACAUUGUCUCCCGCAAUGCUCUGCUUCCUGGAAGAUCACACAGCUAUGAAGUUGCAGGCUUCACAGUUCCGAAAAUUAUCACCAGGGCAGAUCGAGCAAAUAAACAGCACAAGAAAGAAGAGAGGAGACAAGUGACCGUAUCUAAUGAGCUAGACCAACAAAGUGACUCUGCUGUUGUAGCUCCUGAUGCUCCUCAAACAUUAACUGUAGAUUCUGUUUGUAAUACUUGA